AUGCCAAGACGAAAAACUACAUCCACAACAACGUCCGAAACAACUUUGAAGAAAACAACAUCGACCAAGAAGACUAAAAAUGCAGCUGAAGGAGGAGGAGAGGAACAGAUUGUUUCAAACCCUCCUUUUGGCUCAUCAUGGGUUUGCUUCUAUGACCCGAACGCACAGUCUGCAGACUCUUCCACUUCAUCAUCACCAGCAGCUGCAAUAGACUCCAUGAGUACCAUGUACACUCGUUCACGUCGGAAAAAAUCAACAACAAACGCAACAAGCAAUGGUACCACUGCAACAAGACAACAAAGUAGUAGUACUAGUUCGGACGCUACCACGAUGAACAAACUUUUGCAAGUGGCCCAUUUUCUGCCCGAAGGAGAUUAUAUCAAACAAAUCACUGGAGGAGCAGGUUUUACCAUUUUCUUGACGGAGAUGGGUGGAAUUUAUGUGUUCGGAAGAAAUAGUUUGGGAGAAUUGGGACUUGGCAACUAUAAAGAGAGGAAAGAAAUUACCAAAAAUUCAAUGGUAGAGAUGGAAAUGAGGUCCAACAAGGACAAGUGUGUUCAAGUGGUUUGUGGACCCACCUCCACCAUUUUUGUAUCAGAAAAAGGUUUUGCCUAUGCUUGUGGCUGUGGAGAUAAUGGCCAAUUAGCUAUUGGUUCAAAACACAAGAUUGGAAAACCAAAGAGAAUUAAGUAUUUCGAUUCGUUGACAGAUGGAGAAAAUUGCGUUGAGGCUGCAAGUGGAAAUGAAGAUUUUUCCGUGUUUUUGACAAAGAACAAGAAGGUGUAUAUUAGUGGACGCAAUGAUCAUGGAGUUUGUGACGAUGGAAUUACAAUUGUCAACUAUCCCGUUAAAAGCGAAUUUUUUGCACAAGAUAAUGAUGUGGUUCGUUGUUUUGACACCUCAAAAUUUUAUACCGUGUUUGGAACAGAAAAUGAUUAUCUUUACGUUUUUGGUAAGAAAGGACUUGCUCCAUUUUAUGAUUGCAAUAGUCGCACAAUUCCUUCUACAUACAAUUAUUCCUUCUUCUACCAGGGUAUCAAGAAAAUUAUUUGUGUGAGAGGCGUUUGUUUUGUCCAAAAUGGUUCCAACAAGUGGUUCAUGUUCCGUUCCACUGACACAAAGCAGGCAGUAUCUCUAGAUGACUAUUUGGGUGAUAAUGUAUGCCCUGCAUUUAAAUCCUCAAAAGACACCAUAGUUUCUGUUGGAAGUGACAAGGAAGGCAUGUCAGUAGCUCUCUCCAAACAGAAAAGAGUUUUCAAAAUUACAUCAAGAGAUUGUGAUGCAUUCGGUUAUAUUAGACCAACUUACAGAAAUGAAGUGAGUAUAGCAUUAGAAUCACAUGCUCUCACAGAAGAGUUGAAAGCAUUAUCACCAUUAGAAGAUGAGAAUAUUUCCGUUGCUGUUAGCAAUGACCGUGAAAGAAAGUUAAGAAAUCUCACGAGUGAUCAAAGAUGGUUCAUGAAUAACCUCAAUACAUUAGUAGAUGAACUCAAGAAUGAAAAUGUAUUAGGAAAGAGAUCAGGUGGAGUGGGUUCACAUUCUAUUGUUGUUGAUGAGAGUAAGCUCGUGUUUUCUGACAUUAUUGUCUCCUCGUUUUCCAUUAGAGCUGUUUCUCAAAGUCAAUCCAUGCAAGACCUUGAGGACUCUGAAACAUUCGAACAAUAUGCUAAAAAGAUGAAGAAGUAA